GUGUCUGGAGGGGGGAAAUGGCGUCUGGGGCGGGUGCCGGUCCCGCUGGGCAGGGUGGCGAGGCGGAUGAGCUCUUUGACGUGAAGAACAGCUUCUACAUCGGGGCCUACCAGGCCGCCAUCAACGAGGCGCAGCGGAUCAAGCCAUCUAACCCUGAGAAGGAAACAGAGAGGGACGUUUUCUUGUUCAGAUCCUACAUUGCCCAGAGAAAAUACGGUGUUGUACUGGAUGAAAUCAAAGCCAAUGCUAGUCCUGAGCUCCAAGCAGUGCGGAUGUUUGCGGAAUAUCUUUCAAAUGAGAGUCAAAGGGAUGCAAUUGUUGCUGAUUUGGACAAAAAAAUGGCAAAAAGUGUUGAUGUGGCCAAUACUACUUUCUUGCUGAUGGCUGCUUCAAUCUAUUUCCAUGACAAAAAUCCUGAUGCAGCUCUACGCACUCUACAUCAAGGAGAAAGUUUGGAAUGCAUGGCGAUGAUGAUCCAGAUUCUUCUGAAGCUUGACAGACUUGAUCUGGCUCGCAAGGAACUUAAGAAGAUGCAGGAGCAAGAUGAAGAUGCGACCCUCACUCAGCUGGCUACUGCCUGGGUGAACCUGGCUAUAGGUGGUGAGAAGUUACAGGAUGCCUAUUACAUCUUCCAAGAGAUGGCAGACAAAUGCUCCUCCACCCUCCUCCUGCUUAAUGGGCAGGCAGCCUGCUAUAUGGCUCAGGGCAAGUGGGAUGAUGCAGAGGGAGUACUUCAGGAGGCACUGGACAAGGAUAGUGGCCAUCCUGAGACCUUGAUCAACUUCGUUGUCCUAUCACAACACUUGGGCAAACCACCAGAGGUUACAAAUCGUUAUUUGUCACAGUUGAAGGAUGCGCAUAAAAAUCAUCCAUUCAUAAAGGAGUAUCAGGCAAAGGAGAAUGACUUUGAUCGACUUGCCAUGCAGUACGCCCCCAGCGCAUGAGGAGAGGGGAACAGGCCAGCAGACCUGCUCUAUGGUACCUGGGAAGUGGGGUUGUUAUUCAGAGCCUUUCUGGUAACGUGGAAAAAUGCCCUUUGCAAGUUGGUCUGACUUAACUCAGUGUGGCAGGGUCUUGCAAUCCAGGAAACCAUUGCUAAAUCUGUAUAUAAUGUGUAGCUACUCAAACUUGGUAGUCAAAAAGCCUGUGUUGUGGCUUCCUUGGGUUUUCAACUCUGUUUAAAAUACAGUGCGAAUCAAGUUUGCAACACUGUACCUUAAACAUUCCUAAUAAAGCCUUUUCUGGA